GUGUCUUCGCCGCUCCGCGCUGUGCCUCACCGCCGGGUAAAGCCUUCUGCCUGUGCCGAACAACUGCAUGUGUGCUGGUCACUAGAUGUGGUUUGCUUUUCUGCGGUCUCAUAGUUUACAGUGACCUGUCACUGCAGUGGAUUUCAUUUAAAGGCAUCAGUUCCUUGGAUUUGGUCCUUGAAUACUAAACAUCAUGAGCAACUACAGCGUGUCUUUGGUUGGGCCGGCUCCCUGGGGUUUCAGACUUCAAGGGGGCAAGGAUUUCAAUGUCCCUCUGUCUAUUUCUCGACUUAAUGAUGGAGGCAAAGCAGCCCGAGCACAUGUGGGGAUAGGUGAUGUGGUUCUCACCAUUGAUGGGAUAAGCACAGAUGGGAUGACUCAUCUAGAAGCACAAAACAAGAUCAAGGCAUGUACAGGCAAUUUGAACAUGACUCUGCAGAGAGUGGCUUCUGUACAAAAACCCGAUCUUAUUAAUGUGCCAAAGCCCGCCGCGCAAAACGCUGCCCCGAGCGCCUCUGCCGGUGACGGCGCCCAGGAUGUAGCCGAGGGGCCACGACGAGGAUUCAGAGAAAACCAGGGGGAGAGUAAACAGCAAAAUGGGAAAAACCCACCAAAACGCCCCCCACGGAAGCACAUCGUGGAUACCUACACCGAGUUUUACCACACCCCCACCCACAGCGAUGCCAGCAAGAAGCGCCUGAUUGAAGACACGGAAGACUGGCAUCCCCGGACAGGCACCACCCAGUCCCGCUCCUUCCGCAUCCUCGCCCAAAUCACGGGCACCGAUCAUAUGAAAGAACCAGAAAAUGAAGCUGCAAAGAAGACUAAGGAAAAGGUUCACAGCCACGUCAUUAGCCCCAAAUAUACAAAAUUACGUGACUGGCACCAUGAAGUCUCAGCACGUGUUCUUAAUGUCCAGUGAUCUUACCCAAGUUGCAAAAGCAAAACACAAACACUUCCUUCUUUUCUUCUUUUCCAUCUGCUUUGCAAAAAAAAAAAGAAAAAAAGAGAGAAAAAAGAAAACUUAUUUCACUAGCCUUUCUGCAAGAGAAAUUCUAGCCUUUUCUAUACUUUUCUAACACUUUCCUACUGGCGUGUAAAAAAUGGGAUGAAAAUGUUUUUGUGCUAAUCAUUAGUUGACAAAAAAAUACAUAUUUAAAACAGAACAACUUGGGUGACUGAAUCUUCCAACAUGGGGGAGGAGAUGGCUGUUUCAGUUUUUUUUGGUUUUUUUUUUGCCUGAAAGGAGUCAUUUGCAUUGCUGAGUUUCAGUUACUGUAGGCUGUUAGAAAGCAGAAAAUUUGGAACAAAAGAAUAAGAAAUUGUAUUACCUUGAUUUUGGGGCUGGGGGAAGAAGAUGAAGAGAAACUGUAUGCACUUAUUUCAAGCUGUCAUACUUACCACGACAAUUAUUUUGGAUUUGACUAGCAGGUCAAUUUUAGAGUGGUUGUAAAUGUUUUACAAAGUACAGCAAGAAGACAGACUGCUUUUAAGCAAAGAAAAAAUAAAUUAAAAAAAUAUAUUCCAAUGUUGUGAAUUGAAGUGAAAGCUCAAUAUAAGGAUUCUGCUGCUUAGACUAGUAAUAUAUUCAUGUUUUGGAAAACUUAAAAAAAAGAAUAAUUGAGCAGAAUGUUGCUGUGUACCUGUAAGAGCUUCAACACAAGAUAAGACAGUAGUAUUUAUUUAUUAUAGAGUGAAGCUUAUAGGCUUUCUUGUGUUUAUAAAAACUUCACAGCCCUAUGGUUCUCCUGUAAAAUAAUGUAUUAUAGUAGCUACACAUUCAUUAAUUUAUGCGUUCUGAAGCUUGAAGAGUAUUUUAAUAAAAGUUGCUUUUAUCUUA